AUGAUGUCCUGCAGCCGCCGCCUCACGGCCUUGGUGUCGUUCCGCCCCCAGUUCGCCGUCCGCGCCUACUCCUCGACCGUGCCCCGGCUGUCUGAGAAUCGCAUGCAGGCCAACGACCCGAACCCGCCCGUGGUCAAGCCCAAUGUCUCUGAGACCAAUGCCGUGACGACCGAUAGCCAUGUUGUCUGGGAUGGCCUGAUGGAGGAGGAUCCCGUCAAGGCGGAGCGCAUCCGCAGCCUCCAGGCCCCCAACCGGGCCAACACCUGGGCUGCCAGCCAGCAGCCGCGCGAGCAAGCUAUGGUCGGCCCUCGCUUCGAGCAGACCAUUAUGGAGACUCAGCCCCGCCCAAUGGCCGCUAUUGAGCUCAUUCACAAGCAGCCUGUCCGCUGGACAAAGUCCAAGGUCGUCAGCUGUGACGGUGGUGGUGGUCCCCUCGGCCACCCCAAGGUCUUCAUCAACACCGACAAGCCCGAUAUCGCGACCUGCGGAUACUGCGGUCUUCCCUUCGCCCACGAGCAACACCGUUCCUACCUCGAAUCUCUCCCCGCCACCAGCUACCCCCUCGAGUCCACCAACGACCCCGCCGAGGUGAACGAGAGCCAGCGUGUCACGGAAGGUGGCUUCGAGCAGCGAUAG